AUGCCUUUCCUUGACCAUCUCCUCACCUACAAGAUCACAGCCUACAACACUAGACAUCAACGAGGAAGGCGCCUAAGUGUUGGAGGGCUCAUCACACCUAUCUUGUGUGCUGCUGGAGUGAACCCAACUGAUAGGAGAGCCACUGAACCAGGUUGGAUGGACAUCAAGUUUUGCAAGACCAACCUUCUCAUUGAGCACAAGGAGUUGGAUGGGAGGUUCCAAUUCAAGUUCACACAUCCAUUGGUUGGACCCUCCAAGUUUCUCCUGCCCAACCCAGAGCUCACCACAGUAGUAAGGGGUGAGAACAUUGACUUCAGACCCCCUGUGUACACAUUAGUUGGGCAUGAAGGGAUUUGCGAGAAGAGGAGAUCGAGCUCGAUCGAGCUGAGGAUCGAGCUGAGUCGAGCUGAGAUCAGGUCCAGGAGAGUGCGGAUUUGGGUGAGCCUGAGUGCUAUUACUUUGAGGAGUAUGAGGCUCCAAGGAUGA